AUGAUUCUGGAAAAUCACCGAAUCACUAUCAGAGAGGUUGCUGAUGAUGUCGGCAUAUCAUUCGGCUCAUGCCAAGCAAUUUUUUCGGAUGUUUUGGGCAUGAAACAUGUGGCAGCAAAGUUUGUUCCGAAAUUGCUGAAUUUCGACCAAAAACAACGUCGCGUAGACAUCGCUCAGGAAUUGCUGAAUGAAGUCAACAACGAUCCAGAACUUCUCAAAACGGUCAUAACAGGUGACGAAACAUGGCCACCGUAUUCACCGGACAUGGCUCCCUGUGACUUCUUUCUAUUCCCGAAGUUGAAGAGAACCCUGAAAGGACAACGUUUUGCCAACAUUGAUGAAAUAAAAACAGAAUCGCUGAAGGAGCUGAACGCCAUACCGAAAAUGCCCGACCUUGUUGUAGUGCAAGGACUCACCCUGGACCGUCCCUGGGCUCGGGGCCGUCUUAGGCACUUUCCGUGA